AUGCUGAGGCUGGCGGCUGUUGCAGCAACCAUCAUGGCUGCAGAGGCGUUCAUGAUGAACCCCUCCUGCAUGCUCCCAAGCAAAGCCCAUGCUGUUGCCAGGAGCAGCUGCCAGCGCAUUCCACUCCGCAAAACCAACUUGAGGAUGGGCAUCGAGCAACUGGAGUUCAUCAUUCACCCUGAUGGGCGUGUGGAGGAGAAGGUGACGGGGGUGAAAGGAAGAGAGUGCCUCAAGAUCACCGAAGAGAUCGAAGAGUCCCUGGGCAAGGUUGUACAUACGGAGUCGACGCCGGAGAUGUUCGAGGAGAAGGUGGUCAUCCAGAAUGUUGAGAAUGUUAAGGAGGGCACUGGCUCCUGGAACGGCGGCGGUGAAGCCAACCAGGGCUCUUGGACGCAGUAUUAAAACGUAACUUAUGAGGAUUGAAUGAAGUAGUUGACAGUAACGCUGGAAUGGUCAACAGCUGGCAA